AUGUCGUCUCGACUUCAACUUCAACCUUUUGCGUCGGAGGUAGAUAUGGGAGACUAUUGGUGAGCUUCAUUGUUCCAUUUCUGUGUAGCAGCACUUUAUAUUUCAGUGUUUAAGGGUCUUCAUGAAUUUGUCACUAUACAUGAAAGUAAUCCUGAAUUUUCGAUAGAAACAUGACAUCUCGAGCACACCAUGCUAUGAGGAGUACAAUGGAGAUCGGUUUUUCAUCUGACAAAACGUCGACAAUGUGGGAUUUUCUAACAGUUGAAAGCGCAUCAAUCAUGAAUCUUCUUCGAAAGUUUCUUCCUUUUCAGGUCUGUGACUAGCCUUACCCACUUAACUUCAGAAAAUAGGAUCCUCAAUGUAUAGGAAGGGAAAAUUGUUGAUGCCUUUCAUUGUCUACAAUACGUUUAUGAUCCAACCUAGGUUAUCGCGAUUCACGACCCUUAUAUGAAAGGGCAUCUGAAAACUAGACAGUUCACUAAAAUAUUUUGAUCCCCACCUGACUUAAACUCUCCAUUACCAUUUUUAUGAAAGAAAACUUGCAUUCGUCUUGCACUAAAGUUUCUGCAGGAGAUGGGAUAAUCCGUAAGCGCUCCUAUGCGAAUCUGCAAUGGGGUUGAAUCGUAUCUCCAGCUACGCAGUCUUUUGCGUAAGCUAGCCCUUGUUCGAGAAACAGCUAAAGCAGGCAACCUAGUCAGGUCUGAGAUUUUUAUCAGAAAGUUUAAGGAAAAUAUCUUGAAGGAGCUGCCACCACCGAGAAGAGAAUUGAAGAAACAUCAAUUGUGUUCUUCAUACGACGAGAGAAGAGAAAAUGUCGAGUAGAGAUAUGGAGAGAGGUAGGAAACACAGAGGGGACACACAGUGGACGUCGUGGCUGACUCCAACAAUUGUCGUGGCUAAUGUCGCCAUCUUCAUCGUGGUCAUGUUCAUCAACGACUGCCCUAAGACAACCAGGGGAGCUAACGAAGAUUGCGUGGCAAAGUUUCUCGGCAGGUUCUCGUUUCAGCCACUCAGAGAGAACCCUCUCUUGGGUCCAUCUUCUUCAACAUUGGAGAAAUUGGGAGCUCUGGAUUGGAGGAAAGUUGUGCAAGGAAAUGAAAAAUGGAGGCUCAUCACUGCAAUGUGGCUCCAUGCUGGUAUCUUUCACCUUUUUACUAAUAUGUUUAAUGUGAUCUUCUUCGGUAUCCGCCUUGAGCAGCAGUUUGGCUUCCUAAGAAUUGGGCUCAUCUACUUGAUAUCGGGAUUUGGCGGAAGCAUUCUCUCAGCUCUCUUCCUUCAAAAUAGCAUCUCUGUUGGUGCCUCGGGUGCUCUCCUUGGACUCAUUGGAGCAAUGUUAUCCGAGCUGGUCAUCAACUGGACUAUCUACGAGAGCAAGCUAUGUGCUUUGUUCUCGAUCUUGUUCAUCAUCGCACUCGAUUUAGCAAUAGGUUUGCUUCCUUGGGUUGACAACUUUGCUCACAUUGGCGGGCUCUUGACUGGAUUUUUCCUUGGGUUUAUCCUACUGAUCCAGCCUCAGUUGGGGUGGGAAGAGUCCCGCAACUCUUCUCAGUACGGUGCACGUGCCAAAUCAAAGUAUAACCCGUGCCAGUACGUGUUGUUCUUUAUUGCCGCUGUUUUGGUCGUCGCCAGUUUAACAAUUGGGAUAGUAAUGUUGUUCAAAGGAGAGAAUGGGAACAAACAUUGCAAAUGGUGUCAUCGCCUAGACUGUUAUCCUACUUCCAAAUGGUCUUGUUGAUAUUUCAAUCAUUUUUACUGUAAUGAAAAAGUAAAAAAAACAUCUUAAUUUACAAAAAAAAACAACUGUUCUUAUUACUCUCUUUCUGAAAUUAAUUGUACUUUUCUUUUUAAUUGUAACUAAUUUAUACUGAAUUUUUUGAGUGGGUAUGAUUUUGUGUUUAUCUUA